AUGGCGGAAGUGGAGGACAAGCUCAAGGACUACGAGAUCAUUAGGGAGGGUGAGGCCGAGAUCCUCCAGCUCAAGAAAAACGCCGUCUUCUUCAAUCCCGUUCAGGUUCACAACAGAGACAUGUCCAUUGCUGUUUUAAGGGCCUUUGUUGGCAAGCGCAAGGAAGAACAUGAAGCGCUGGUGAAUAAGAGGAAUAAAUUGCAUCAAGAAAACAAAAAGAGUGAAACAUCUGUUCAGAAUGGAGAGGAUGCUUCAACUAGCCAGCUUGAUGAAAUGGAUGUUGUUCCUGAAAAGGAUAUAAAUCAAGCUCAAGAUGAAAUUGAGGAUCUGUCAACAGAAGCAACAAAAACACCUUCCUGGAAAGUAACCAGAGAACUUAAGCCACCAGUUGUUCUUGAGGCUUUGGCUGCUUCUGGGUUGAGAUCUCUCCGGUAUGCCUGUGAAGUUGAUGGCUUAGGAAAGGUAGUUGCUCUGGACAUUGAUAAAGCUUCUAUCGAAUGUUGCAAGCGGAACAUUAAGUUCAAUGGUGCUUCCGCUACUAGUAAGGUGGAAGCUCACGUGGCUGAUGCUCGAGUUUACAUGCUCACGCAUCCAAAAGAAUUUGAUGUGGUUGAUAUUGACCCUUAUGGGUCACCAUCUGUAUUCCUCGACUCAGCUGUACAGGCUGUUGCUGAUGGAGGGCUAUUGAUGUGCACUGCCACUGAUAUGGCAGUUCUUUGUGGCACCAAUGGAGAAGUUUGUUACUCCAAGUAUGGUUCGUACCCAACCAAGGGCAAAUAUUGCCAUGAAAUGGCUUUGAGAAUCCUCCUUGCCAGUAUUGAGAGCCAUGCAAAUCGGUACAAGAGAUAUAUCGUGCCUGUUCUCUCUGUGUUUAUGGAUUUUUAUGUGCGUGUUUUUGUUCGGGUGUUCACUUCUGCAAGUGAAAUAAAGAAUACUCCUCUUAAACUUUCUUACAUAUAUCAAUGUGUUGGCUGUGAUUCUUUCCAUCUUCAGUGUCUUGGGAGGACUAUUUCUAAGAAUAGCACUGUGAAGCAUGCACCUGCAAUUGGGCCUGUUGUCCCUCAAGAAUGUAGUGAUUGUGGAAAGAAAUUUAAUGUGGGCGGGCCAAUAUGGUCUGCUCCUAUUCAUGAUCAAGACUGGGUAGUUUCUACAUUGGCAGGUGUUAAGUCAAUGAAGGAUAGAUAUCCUGCAUAUGAUAAAAUUACUUCAGUUUUAACUACUGUAUCAGAGGAGUUACAUGAUGCUCCAUUGUUUUUCAGCCUCCAUAACAUAGCUGGCACCGUUAAGUGCAUGUCUCCAUCUUUGGUUAUGUUUCGGUCUGCGGUUCUAAAUGCUGGCUAUCGAAUCUCGAGCACCCAUGUUAAUCCACUUGGUGUUAAAUCCGAUGCCCCUUGGGACGUAAUUUGGGACAUCAUGCGCUGCUGGGUGAAGAAUCAUCCUAUUAAGGAGCAGCCCCAUGACUCUCCAGGAACGGCCAUCCUUUCAAAGUCGCCAACGCUAGAAGUGGAUUUCUCUAGAGCAGUGGCUGCCCUCAGCAAGGCUCAGAUGAAGAAGGUGAAGCGGUUCCUUCCAAACCCAGAACGGCACUGGGGUCCAAAGGUCAGAGCAGGCCGUAAGAUCACGAGCAAACAUGUCUCUCUGUUGGGCCCUGAGGCUAUCAAUAGUAUUCUGAAUGGAGCUGUCAGCCACGAAGAUGGAAAUGGAGCAGCGCUAGACAAACCAGCUCCAGAACCUGAAGGGAUCAAGGAUGAUGAACCCUCAACCAAACGCCAAAAAACCGGUGAUGACGAAGAGGCAAACGAACCUUGAUCGCCAAAACCACCAUUAACUUUUUUUUGUUUGCUUUACCUUAUAUGCUUCCGAAGUUUACUGUGUUUGUGUGGUCGAUAGGUUAUUUGUUUCACCUCUUGCUGGGACAAUGAUGAAUUUUGAUCGGACAAGUUUUGGGCUAGGUUUUGCUAUGCUUUGCUGUA